AUGUCUACGUUACAUGCUGCCUGUCAAAAUGACUCACUAAACAACAGUAUCGCUGGAAUUUCAGCGGCAGUUGCGCUAAAGGAGCAACUCGGCUUUACCAACUUUACUAUUUAUGAACAAGCUGGGGACGUAGGGGGAACCUGGAGAGACAACACCUACCCCGGUUGUUCAUGCGAUGUAGCCGCCCACUGGUACAGCCUCUCAACGGAACUAAACCCAAACUGGCCCACCUACUACGUCUCCCAAACCGAAAUCUAUUUGUAUUGGAAACGCGUCUUUGCCAAGCACAACCUCUGCGCCAACACCAAGUUCCGUACCCAAGUCCAUUCCGCGGCAUGGAGCGAGGAACGCCAGCAGUACGACAUCACUCUCAAAGACAUGCUCACAGGCGAAGAGAGCCAUACCACCGCCGAGGUCCUGUUCUGCGCCAUGGGCGGAUUCUUCACGCCUCUGUACCCCAAGGAUAUCCCUGGCAGGGACACCUUCAAAGGCGACCUCUGGCAUUCUGCGGAAUGGAGGCACGACGUCGAAUUGCGGGGUAAACGAGUCGGUGUUAUCGGGAAUGGUGCUUCCGCUGUUCAGUUUAUCCCCGAAAUUUCUAGGGACCCCUCUGUGCAGGUUGUGAAUUUUUGCAGGACACCGAAUUGGUUUGUUCCUAGGGUACCCUUGCAAUAUCCCGAGUGGGUGAAAUGGACAUUUGCAAACAUACCUUUUGUCAUGAGAUGGUACAGAAAUAUUAUCAUGGCUAGAGCCGAUAUCAGUUUCCUCAUCUUCAACAAACAGAACGCCUGGGUCAUCAGCUUCGUGCGAAAGCAAAUGGAAAAAUACUUAGCCCACAAAGCCCCGAAAGACGAACUCGAGAAGCUCACACCAAAGUACUCACCCGGGUGCAAGAGAAUCAUCGUCGAUUCCCACUACCUUACGUGCCUCAAGCAACCCAACGUGUCACUCAACUGGAACACCAUCGAAUCCGUCGUCGAGGAAGGCGUCAAGCUGAAGAACGGAGAAGUGAUUCCAUUGGACGUCCUGAUUUUCGGGACGGGGUACUCUCUGGAGCCAGCCGAUCUGCGGGUCAAAGGUCGAUCGACAACGAUACAUCAAUACUUCAAAACGCAAGGCGGUCCUACGGCUAUGUACGGCAUGUCUAUUCCUGGAUUUCCCAAUGCCUUUGUCCUACUGGGCCCCAACGUUGCUGUGGGCCACGCGUCAGUUCUGUUCUCCGAAGAGGCGCAGGUGCAGUACACUUUACAGAUGAUCAAACCCAUCAUCGACGGCCGAGUGAAGUCCUUCGAUAUCAAAGAGGACGUCUGCAACGCGUACAACGCGUGGCUCCAGCUUCGUCUUGCGUCCUCCGUCUGGACGGACUGUCGUUCGUAUUACCACGUUGACAGAGACGACCACUCCAAGAUCUCUGCUGUCUUCCCCGGUCCGGUGUCGCUCUUUUGGUGGAUGACACGCAGACCCCGAUGGGAUCAUUGGAACGUGGUGGGCACCAAGACGGAAGAUCUUCAUCGGUACUAUGGCCAGAGUGUGAUUAUGGGGCUCCUCUCGAUGAUGGUGAGCCUCGGAGUAGCAUUUGCGUUCUCAAUACCUCGGGGCCUCGUGUCAUAA